CGGCCCCGCGCUGUCCUGGUCCCGCGGGCCGCUCGGUCCCAGACCCGGCCGGGCCGCGAGGCGGGCAUCGCCGGGGGAGCAAUCGGCGACCGGGGGGCUGGCAGCGCGGGCAGCGGGCGCCGGGACACCUGCGGACACAGGCGCUGCCGCCCCAGAGAGCGGGUCCUCUAUCCAGGUUUAGGGGGAGGGGAUGGAGCCCCGCGCGCGCGGCUCCCAGCCCCACGGAGGAGCUCCCGUUGGCUGGGGAAGACCAGAUAGAGCCUGCUCCCACUCGGCUCGUGUGUAAGGCCAGCGGCCGAUAGCUGUCUGUGGCCUGGAGGGUCCAGCCUCAGCGGGUCCCUUUCUCCUGAACAUUGGAGUUAUGACCCUUGGGAGGUGACCCAGGAGAGAAGGGAUGCACGCCUUUGGUCCUCCCAAUGAGGGUAGCCUCCAAGGACUGGUGGCCUCCCGCAUUGAGACCUAUGGGGGCCGGCUUCGGGCCUCCACCCUGAGUACUCCCGGCAGUCUCUAUCCCCGAGGAGGCCCCGUGCUGGCCUUGGACUGCUCUAUUCUUAGCCCACACCCCUGCCUUCUUUCGUGGGUUGUGAGGGAGAGGACGGCCGUGCUGGGACAGGCUCCCGGGACUCCACACCCAUCCCAGACAGACGGGGCAGGAGGAGACUUCUGGCCCAGGCCUCAACAUCUCACACGGAAGGGCUGCCACUCCCAGCUGGAUGGGACAUGCCCCGGGGAGGAGGCCGCGUAUGAUCCCAGUCGCCGACGCCUCCAAGGCUAUGUCCCCUUUACCAAGGGUUCUGGCCCGGCCCGAGGCCUGUCUCCCCUGAGGCUGCGAGAACCAGAUCCCGAGAAGAGGCAUGGAGGCCCCUUUGGGCCUGGGACACCUCACUUCCCCAAACUCAAGGAAGUCACCAGAGCCCACGAGCUGGAGGUGAGGCUGCACACGUUCAGCAUGUUUGGGAUGCCCCGCCUGCCCCCAGAGGACCGGCGGCACUGGGAGAUCGGAGAGGACGGUGACAGCAGCCUGGCCACUGAGAAGUCCUGGAAGGAGCUGGUGCCUGGGCACAAGGAGAUGAGCCGGGAGCUCUGCCACCAGCAGGAAGCGCUGUGGGAGCUACUGACCACGGAGCUCAUCUACGUGCGGAAGCUCAAGAUCAUGACAGAUCUCCUAGCCGCCGGUUUGCUGAACUUGCAACGAGUGGGUCUGCUGACGGAAGUCACCUGCGGAGGCAUGUUCUGCUCCUUCCUCCAGGUGUCAGCUGAGACCCUGUUUGGAAAUGUCCCCAGCCUGAUCCGAGCCCACCGGAGCUUUUGGGAAGAGGUGCUGGGGCCCACCCUGGAGGAGACGCGAGCCUCGGGCCAGCCUCUGGACCCUGUCAGCCUGCAAAACGGCUUCCUGUCGUUCAGCCAGCGCUUCCAGCCCUACAUCCUGUACUGCCUGCGAGUGAAGCAGACCAUGGCCUACGCCUGGGAGCAGCAGGACAGCAGCCCUCUCUUCCACACCUUCGUGCAGUGGUGUGAGAAGCACAAGCGCUCGGGGAGGCAGACGCUGGGGGACCUCCUCAUCAAGCCCCACCAGCGCAUCACCAAGUACCCACUGCUGCUCCAGGCUGUGCUCAAGAGGAGCCCCGAGGCCCGCGCCCGGGAGGCCCUGACCGCCAUGAUCGCAGCGGUGGAGUCGUUCCUCCGACACAUCAACAAGCGGGUGCGCCAGGGCGAAGAGCAGGAGAGCUUGGUGGCUGCCGCCCGGCGCAUCGGGCCCUACGAGGUCCUGGAGCCGCCCAGCGAGGAGGUGGAGAAGAACCUGCGUCCAUUCUCCACGUUGGACCUGAUGGCCCCCAUGCUGGGGGUUGCUUCUGAGCACACCAGGCAGCUGCUGCUUGAGGGGCCUGUGCGCAUGAAGGAGGGACGAGAAGGGAAGCUGGAUGUGUACCUGUUCCUCUUCUCUGAUGUGCUCUUGGUGACCAAGACCCUUCGCAGGGCAGACAAAGCCAAGGUUAUCCGCCCGCCCCUCAUGCUGGAGAAGCUUGUGUGCCGACCGCUCCGAGAUCCAAGCAGCUUCCUGCUUAUCCACCUCACCGAAUUCCAGUGUGUCUCCAGCGCCCUCACUGUGCACUGUCCCAGAGCUACAGACUGUGCCCUAUGGCUGGAGAAGACCCAGCAAGCCCAGGCCGCCCUGCAAAAGCUGAAGGCCGAGGAGUGCAUCCAACAGAAGAGGGAGCUCCUGGCCCUCUAUCAGGACCGGGACGGGGAGUCCCCAGGCCCCAGGCCCUCCACGCCUUCCGCGGAAGGCUCUGAGAGCAGCACAGAGGGAAGUAACUGUAGGACUCCUGAGUCCUCGACCGUCAUCCCCCAGCUGGUGGUGACAGAAGACACAGAUGAAGAUGCUCCCUCGGUACCAGAUGAUACCUCGGACUCUGGCUAUGGCACUCUGGUCCCAGGCUCCCCCAAGGCGUCCCACUUCCCGCCAAACCGUCUACGCUCCAGGGCCUUUCGGCGGGACCCUCGCCUCACCUUCUCCACCCUGGACCUCCGAGAUGUUCCUUUGCAUCCCCUGCCUCCUGACCCCCAAGCUCCCCAACGCCGAAGCACCCCUGAACUGCCGGAGGAAAGUGUCCAGAAAGGAGGCAGCCUUCCUAGGGGAGACCCACCGACCUCGUCUGAGGAAGAAGACGGGACCUCGGUUGGAGAGAAUGUGGUAGUGGAAAACUUACAUAGGGCCCGACUUCGGGGGCAGCUCUCCCCGUCCCCGACCCACACUGACUCUGCUGGGGAAAGCCCCUGGGACUCCUCAGGGGACGAGGAAGAAGAGGGGCCUUUCCUGGGACCCGGCUACAGCCCCUCCCCUCACCCGCUCCGGGCCGAGGACAUGCUCCGAGAGAUCCGGGAGGAACUGGCCAGCCAAAGGAUUGAGAGCGUCCCCGAGCCUGGGGACAGCAGACCUCGGAAGCUGACUCGGGUCCAACUGCAGAGGAUGCGGGGGCUUCACGUCGUACACCUGGACACGCCCCUGUCCACAUCAGAGGUGUGAGGGAAUACCUCCCUAAGAGUGCUGGUCACCACCUCCACCCCUGGAUUCUACCUCAAGGACACUUCCCCAGGCACUCUGCCCUUCCUUCUCUGAGGACUUUGGGGAUUAAGAGCUGUACAUUGAUGUGUCACAGACACACCAGAGUCCCACAUAAAG